UAAUUCAAAACCCAACAUUUCUACCUCUAGGUGAUAACGGCAAGAUACGUGAAAAGACAUGAACGCAAGUGUCAACGUCAUACAAACAAUAAUGUUCUUCUGCCAUGUUCAAGUUCUUGUAAUAUGUAAUGAAAAUCGACAAGAAUUUUAAUCAAAUCCCCAGCUAAGGAAUGUUGUCCCAUUAUUUCGGAAACUCCCAAGAAUUAUGUUUUAGACGAAGCCAAGAACUAAGUUGGAGCCGUUAUGCAAUCAAGAAAAGAAUAGACACUUCAAGAGGCAAGAAUAAUGCAAAUGGCCCUCUCUUUUAUAAUCCAAACAGAUAUUAAGCCAAGGGAAGAAAAAUCCAGUAUGGAACCAUCAGAGAAUACAAUCUGGAUGCAACGUUUUCCAUUCAAGAAUGUGUAUAUUCACUGCAAAAUCCAAGAAUGUGAUCAUAAAUCUGGAAAAAUAAUAAAAUUCUGAUUAUCCAUUUCUGAAAAUCACAAGUUCAUUCGUUGUGUAACAAAUUCACUACGAAUUUUGUACAUCGUGAAGUUUGUCACUGUUAAUGAAGAGUUGCACUUCCUCGGCCCUUCUUCAAGACCUUCCCACUUGCCCAACAAACAUGUAUGCGGAUUUAUGAGGACAAGACAUAAGUCAAAAGGACAUAACAGAAGGGCUGUGUUGCAAAUAACCAUAUGACAACUCUCAUCAAAUUUAACUGGAUACAAGAUGCCAAAAACACAGUUGGAUUCACUUCAUAAUCACAUGAAAGGCUGCUCUUAAUUGAUGACAAGAUAAAGAAUUAAAGUUCUUCACAAUAAAAGAGUACCGAAGAGGGAGUCUUCUAGCUAUCUGAAAUCAUUAGUCUUAUACAUUCUUUGCCAUUUGUAGAGUAGGCUCAUCUGUAUUUCCAUUACAAAAGCUACUUUACAUUUAUGAAAUUGACAGAGGAGUAACUAAAGAAGGAGAAAUUUCCAGGCAGCAAGCAUCUUUCAAAUUUAAAAAGGGGCGUAAAAUCUAUUAACAACUAAGAUUAGUUCACCUGUAAAGUACCGCUUGGUAAUAAGGACCAGAGAAUUUAUUGUGCAGAGACAGCUAAGCAGUACUAUCUCUUCAAUGGUAAUGGUUUUAUGUGCCUGAAAGAGUCAAUUAGAUAAGAGGGCAUUUACCUCCAGUCAACAAGAUUGCAGAUUGUCCAAUAGCCAAAAACUAUUCUACUUGCUUUUCCUAAUUAAAUUUUAGUAUAUAUUACAUAUUUGUGUACCUUAGAAACAAUGGAUUCUUCUAAAAUCCUUGAAGGCAAUGAAGAAUGCAGCAGCAAUGAGUCUGGGUGGACAAUGUACAUUGCUUCUCCAAUCGACAAAUACAAUCUUGAUGAUGAAGAUGACCACAGUGGCAGCAUUGAUAAACAAGAAGAUGGGCUUCCUGCUAAAGAUGAUGGAGACACCGACAGUAAUGACUCUAUGGCGUCUGAUGCCUCUUCCGGCCCAAGUCAUCGAGAGCAUCUACGCAACCAUGUUCGAGGAAGGCACUGUCCAGGUGUCUUUGGUCAUGCUGGGGACAAAGAUAACAGAAAACGGUUGGGUAAGAAACAUCACCAACAGGAAGAGAAGCAGCCUUGCGAUGAGCAGAUAAAAGCAGCAAAAGACAAGCCAGGACACAAGGGAAAUAGUGCUGGCAGAUUGAAGAAAAAAUAAGAGUGUGUCUUCAAAGGGGGCUGUAUAUGAGAACUUUUUCACCAGACGUUCUCAAAGAACCAUACCAUGCCUGUUCCAGUCCUCUGAGGUAUUCAAGAACGCUGAAGUUUAUAUGCGUUUUGUAGCUUUUGAUUCCCGGUUUAAUACAAUGUCAAGUGAAACCUGCUUAUCCCCUAUUGAGAAAAUCAUUCUCUCACCACUAUACAUAUGCAUAUGAAUGACUAUAUCUCGUAUGUGUGUGUGUGUCCAGUAGAAAGAGAGAUUCAACAGUAAUUUAAUCUUGUUCAAGUCUGCAAUAUCAAGAAAAGUUUUUGUGAUGCCAUA